AUGUAUAUUGGAAUGCCUUCCUCCGCACGCCGCCGCCGCUUUUUCUCUCACCUGGAAGUAAAACGUCUAACUCAGUUUCUGGAAUCUAAAAAUGAACGUGUGUUCAAAUACUUAUCGCCUCAUGGGGAAGUGCCAAAAUUUAGCGAUUUAGAGUGGCGGUAUUGUUACGACUCCUCUCUCCAACCAGUCAUUAGGACCAGUCAACAAGGACUUGUACAAAUGUGCAAUGACAAUCUUCGAGUCAUUGAUGAAUCUUUGAUACAUCGUCGCCAAUGGGUAUGGAUGUCACUUGAGAACUUGUCUGCUUCAGCAUUCGAAGGCCGAAGUACCAAUCGGUUUGCAAUGUCCGCAGUAGGGCCCUCCAAUCUUCAAAUUUGUCCACAUAUAAAACUGGUGGAAAAGAUUACCGUCGGGGAUUUUUUACAAAAAGGGAGAUGUUCCGGAUGCCGUACGGAAUUUUCUCUUGGUUUCAAACAUUUCGAGAGCCGUGGAUAUGCCUUCUACGUUACAAUAUGGAAGGAUUUGGGAAAUGAGCCAUACAAAACAAUGAUGCAGUCAUUCGAAUCGGAUAAAAGACAUGAUUCGAGGACUCAUGAGCUUACAUAUUUGGCUGCUCACGAAACAAGUUGCGCACAAGAUGACGCAGAAAAUCGAAUCUAG